AAAUAACAUAAAAUAAAAUAAAUAAAAAUAAUGUCCAAAGAGGCCUAACGCGGUAAUUUCGUUCAUCUUUUCGCCUGCUUGCUCGCUGUAUCGUAUCUUCAUCUCCUUCAUCAUCUUCCCUCCCUCCUCCCCGUCCGUCCAUCCUUUUCUCUUCUUUUUCUCUUUCUCUCGUUCGUGUGCGCUGUUAGUGACGCAUCCCCUUUUCUCUGCCAACCCUUGCUCUGCCGGGUUAGUUAUUAUUAUAUCACCAACCCCCCUGCGACGUUCGUCGAGUGAGACUUGGUUGGCGCUCUUCGCAGUGAGUGCAGUGGUUAGUGCCUCUGUUGGUCUCCUGUGGCUUUAAGGGGGUUCUCCUCAUCUGCUUCACGCAGCAAGCCAGGCUCGAUCGACUUCGACUGGGACGUCCCUCUCUCUCCUCUCUCUCUCUCUGUUCUCCCUCCUCCCUCUAAAGUUACCUCCGUUCCUUUCACUAUUCUUCGCUUCGAUCUCUCUCUCUCUCUCUUUUGUAUCUAUCCCUUGUGCUCCCGCCGUCUGCGUGUUAUUAUUGGGGGCGAUCGGCACACCAACUCUCGAACGAUCGAAAUUUACAUACCCGGAGCUCUUCCUCUUUUUCAAGGCUGGUCUACUUUCAUUGACAAUCGCUUGCUGGGCUUGUUGAUGUCGUCGUCUCCUACCCACCCUUUAGUUCUUAUAUCUCAAUCCCAUCGUUCAUCUCCUUUUCCUCUCUGCCGGGUGAUUGAUUGAUCUCGUUGGCUUUGCGCCAGUUGGACCGACCUUAGAAACUCGCACACCCUGUACGAUCUCACGUAUCGCAUCCAUCGCUUCGCAUCGAAUAUCCUGUCGCCCUCCGUGGUGCUGUUGGCUAUCCUAUUCUGCUUCCGUCCAUAGGGUUUCCCAUAAUUCCACGUUAUUCUAACUCUACAUUUCUCCCCACUCAAAACUACUGUUCGGUACCAAAAGGAGCAAGUGAAGUCAUCGCAAAGGUGACUGAGAAGGUGGGGUUACAAGGCUUUCAAACCAGCCCGACGGGGAAAAAAAACAAGUUCCUUAAAAAUCGCCCAUACGGUUUACAUUGGCAAGGCACUAAAUCCAACAUGUCUAGUCCAGCGAGCCCACCAACCCCUGGACACAGCCCGCACCCGGACGCCCUUCCAACUGUCACUGAGAACGGUACCGCCAAUGCCAAUUCUCAAACCGCAAGACGAACAUCUCUAGGUUUCCUUCGUCGUUCAAAGUCCACUGAACCUCUCAGUACGGAUCGCAAAGCUUCAGGAGGGAGAAUGAGCAAAAGGAUGCAGAAGGAAAUGGCUAAAGAAGAGAUGCUACGACGUCAGCGCGAAGCUGCUGCUGUCCCGAAACAUGCCCCACGUCUUCCAGACCUGCCCGCCCCUCCCCAGCUCAACACUUUUGGCGGCGAAAACGCUCGACAGGAGCACCUGACCGUUACGUCAAAUCGCGGUGGCAGUUACAUUGAUCCAAACGCACCGGCGUCUCCGUACGCUAGUGCAGCUGGAGUGAGGAAUAGCGAAAUUGUUGACCCAUACGCGAGAACAGAGAGCAUGACACACCGUGGCCGAUACAGCUAUGCGAGCAGCGCCGUCAGUACCAUCAAUAGCCCACGGAGAGUGCGAAGACGCAAGGACCCAACCCCGUACAACAUUCUUGUCAUUGGUGCUCGUAAAUCCGGAAAGACGUCCUUCCUCAAUUUCCUGCGUACCUCCCUCCAGCUUCCACCGAAAAAACGCCCCACGCGAGCUCCAGAUGAAUUCGACGAGCCCCAGCAAGUGUCAGCAGCUAAUAACAAUUUCACCUCGCACUACCUGGAAACUGAAAUUGACGGAGAGCGCGUAGGCCUUACACUGUGGGAUUCGCAGGGAUUGGAGUCUAAUGUUGUUGAUCUGCAGCUGCGUGGGAUCACGACCUUUUUAGAGAGUAAAUUCGAAGAAACCUUUAACGAAGAGAUGAAAGUAAUUCGCGCGCCUGGCGUGCGCGACACUCACAUUCACUGCGCGUUCCUCAUCCUCGACCCUUCGCGGCUGGAUGCCAAUAUUGCCGCUGCCCACGAGUCAAUGGAAGAUCCGGAGAAAUCGUCGAGUGUGCGUCUUAUUGGAGGGCUGGAUGAAAACCUGGACAUCCAAGUGAUCCGUACCAUGCAAGGAAUGACCACCGUCGUGCCAAUCAUUAGCAAAGCCGAUACCAUCACCACCGGCCACAUGGCUUUCCUCAAAAAGACAGUAUGGGAAAGCCUCAAGAAGGCUUGCUUGGACCCGCUGGAGGUCUUGACGCUUGAGGACCAGGAUGAUACUUCUUCGUCCGACGGUUUGGACAAAUUCGAUGAGCAGGAUGAAGACGAGUUGAUCCAACGUGAAGACGCCGAAGCUGAAGCUGAUGCCCAAGCCCAAGCUCACGGCGAAGCGGGAGCCGAAAUGGAUGGCGGGGUCGUAAAACCAACGACUGGCCGCCGCACCCCUGAUUCAGACACAGUCCCCAUGUCCCUCCCAAUCACACAAUCGCCCUCCUCCCGCCAGAACAACGGUACGUCCAUUUCUAGCAUCAACGCGAACAUCAACGCAAACCCGGAAUACCCCUUCCUGCCGCUGUCGAUCCUCUCACCCGACCCGCACUCUCUCGAGGAUAACAACGGACCCAUCGGUCGCAAGUUCCCCUGGGGUUUCGCCGACCCUUAUAAUCCCGAACACUGCGAUUUUGUAAAGCUGAAGGACACCGUGUUUGGGGAGUGGCGCGGCGAGUUGCGCGAGGCCAGUCGGGAAGUGUGGUACGAGCGAUGGAGAACUAGUCGCCUUAACAAUAAUGGUAAUGGACCUGGUAGAUCCUCGAAUAAAAAUGGUGUCCGUGGUGGUUCGGGGAGGAGUGGGCGUGCAACUCGAUGAUUUUCUUCCCUUUCUUCUUCUUCUUCGUUCAUUCUUUCCUUUCCUUUUAUUUUUGAUUUGAUUCGAAUUGAUCUGGACAUUUUGAGAGAGUGUUGUUGUGCCAAUUUUUGUUUUUGAUGCGACAGGCUGCUGACCCGUCAACAAUAUGUUUCUUUCUUUCUAUCUUGCAGGUCUUGAAAAUAUCUCCACCAUUGCUGCGUUAUCGCGCGAAUUUCAAUCGAGAGGCUGAAGAAAGAAUAGGAGAGCUUGCGUCGACUGGCAAGUUUUGGUCGAAAGAAAUUUUUUGAAAAGAGAUAAAAAAAAAAAAUAUAAAUAAAAUAAAGGAGAGAGAGGAGGAAGAGGCAGUGGGCAUGUCGCUCAGUUAUCUGAGGGGUGACCCUGCCUUCCUUUCUCACACAGUUUGUUUUGUGUAAGAUGAUGGACGGAUAUUUUCUUUAUUUGCUAUUCUAUUCUCCUUUCCGUUUCUACUUCUACUUCUGCUUUCUACUUCCACGCUUUAACCAACACAUAUAUCCCCCAAAUCUUUCCUUUCGCUUGUCCUGUUUUCUUUUAUUCAUAUUGGGUUUUUUUUCCCCUUUACUUCAUUUCACCUCUUGUCUUAUUUCCCCCCGUCCCCGGCAAUGCGUUUCUCGUUGAGGCGGCCUUUGUUUUUACUUACUUUCUCCUUCUUGCUUUUCGCGUAUCCAACGCUGCUCUGGGCUGUAUGUUUCAAACAUGAAUUUUUACUUCCAACUUCCUACUUCCAUACUACUUCUUCCUUGAUUCCAUCCCCCCUUAUUUCUUUCACCCCCUACUUUUCUUGUUCUCAGCGCUCUUCGAACGGGUCUCACAUAGCUUGCCUGGGCUACUGUCUGCCUCUAUCCCUAUUUUACAUUUCCUUUUCUUUUUUUCUUCUUUUAUUUCCCUUUCGUCCUGGAAUGCCAGCAAGUCUUUUUUGUCUUUUCAAAACGAUGAAGAACUCUUCAAAUCUGAUUGAUACGUCCAUCCAUUCCAUCUACCAUAGUCUUCUUCUACUACAUACAGCCUUUGGCUCAAACAAACUCCAAUUACCUAGGUACUACUACCCCCAUCCUUAGCUCAGUUUAGCUUUACCUAGCUUAACCUGUUGACAAUCUUUUAUGUCUGAAUUUUUUUUUUUUUUUUAAAUCUUCACCCAUUGGGACUUACAAAAGAAAACUCAAAUUUUCUCAUUUUUCAUAUCUGUUUCUUUGCGUAGCGAGUAGUUUUUCGCUCUUCUACUUCCUAUCACAUGUGAGAACAAACAACUGUGUGCAUGGAUAUGUAGAUGUACGUUGUUGUUCUAUCUAUCAAGAGUUAUCGGGUUUUCCAUCGUCCCCCGAUUUGCGGAUCACACGGUAUUUAUUACAUACACCCCAUCUAGCCUUUCAGCGACACAGAUAACACAACAGAAAAACGAAAUAGGCAUCUAUGCGCAAUGGAUGGAAUCCACAAGACGCGUCGACUAUGGGCAAAAUUCCCCUCUUUUUCACUAGUUAUCUAUCCCCCCAAAAAUAAAACACAAAGGAUUCGUUC